GGAGGAGGAGACGCAAGUUCUGGCGCGGGCGGGGACGACUAAAAUUUAUCACUUCCAGCAAGUGCCGGAGCUCCGUCCGUCAGCGCAGAGGCUGCUGUGCGGGUGGUCCCGGGAGCUGGCCCUUUGGGGGUCCCGGGGGGGAGGGGGAGCCGGAAAGCCCCCGCCGAGGCCGUCGCUGCGGGGCCUCCCCUCCCCCCCGGGCGGGCGCCAUGCGGGGGGGCUCCGGCGACGCGGAGCGGCAGCAGCGCUGGGGUCGCCUGUUCGAAGAGCUGGACAGCAACAAGGACGGCCGCGUGGACGUGCAUGAGUUGCGCCAGGGGCUGGCCAGGCUGGGAGGGGGCGAUCCCGACCAUGCACAGCAGGGCAUCUCAUCUGAGAGGGACAUUGAUACAGAUGGUGGCCUCAGCCUGGAGGAAUUCAGCCGCUACCUGCAGGAACGGGAGCAGCGCCUUCUGCUCAUGUUUCACAGCCUUGACCGGAACCAGGAUGGUCACAUCGAUGUCUCUGAGAUUCAGCAGAGCUUCCGAGCCCUGGGUAUCUCCAUCUCGCUGGAGCAGGCAGAGAAAAUCCUACACAGCAUGGACCGCGAUGGCACCAUGACCAUAGAUUGGCAGGAAUGGCGAGACCACUUCCUGCUGCACUCUCUGGAGAAUGUGGAGGACGUCCUAUAUUUUUGGAAGCAUUCUACAGUCCUCGACAUUGGCGAAUGCCUGACGGUGCCCGAUGAGUUCUCCAAGCAAGAGAAACUUACAGGCACGUGGUGGAAGCAGCUGGUGGCUGGCGCAGUGGCAGGCGCCGUGUCGCGGACAGGCACAGCUCCUCUGGACCGUCUCAAGGUCUUCAUGCAGGUGCACGCCUCAAGGUCCAACCGACUCAACAUCCUAGGGGGCCUGCGGAACAUGAUUCAAGAAGGAGGCAUCUUGUCCCUCUGGCGGGGCAACGGCAUCAACGUGCUCAAGAUUGCCCCUGAGUCGGCCAUCAAGUUCAUGGCUUACGAACAGAUCAAGCGGGCCAUCCGGGGCCAGCAAGAGACACUGCAGGUUCAAGAGCGCUUCGUGGCUGGCUCCCUGGCGGGGGCCACAGCUCAAACCAUCAUUUACCCCAUGGAGGUACUGAAGACUCGGCUAACCCUACGCAGAACCGGCCAAUACAAGGGGCUCCUGGACUGCGCAAGGAGGAUCCUGGAGCGUGAAGGGCCCCGCGCCUUCUACCGUGGCUACCUGCCUAAUGUGUUGGGCAUCAUCCCCUAUGCAGGAAUUGACCUAGCUGUCUAUGAGACUCUGAAGAAUCGCUGGCUUCAGCAGUACAGCCACGAAUCAGCAAACCCGGGCAUUCUCGUGCUCCUGGCCUGUGGCACCAUCUCCAGCACCUGUGGCCAGAUUGCCAGCUACCCCCUGGCACUGGUCCGGACCCGAAUGCAGGCCCAAGCCUCCGUUGAGGGUGGCCCGCAAGUCUCCAUGGUGGGUCUGCUUCGACACAUCCUAUCUCAGGAGGGUGUGUGGGGCCUCUACCGGGGCAUCGCCCCCAACUUCAUGAAGGUCAUUCCAGCCGUGAGCAUCUCCUAUGUGGUCUACGAGAACAUGAAGCAGGCUCUGGGGGUCACAUCCAGGUGAGGGACUGGGAGCUUGCCCCCCCCAAGAUUCCCUCAUCUUCACCGUGGCAUCCCCCAUACUGACGUCCUCAACCACCAGAGACUGUUGGCCUGACCAGUGGAUCCUGACACCCACACCCCCACACCCCAAGCUGCGGGAUCCCAGUGCCCAAAUCUCCGAUCCUUGCCCUGUGCCCUGACCAUUGUACCACUAGACCCCACACUUUAGCCAGUGGACCCCCAGGACUGGAUCCUUGACUUCACAACCAGACCCCAACUGCUGGCCCCCACACAUCAGCAGUCUGACACUUGAAAUGCAAAACUAUCCACACCCUGGCCCUGAACCCUUAUCCCCGAACCCCUUGAUCCUGCUCAUCUGCACCCCAAAACUGGAUCCUACUUUUUCCCUGUCAC